AGUAAUCCGCCGCACUUUGAUGUCGAACAUCACAACGGAGGAAAUCGAAACGCCACUCAUCUUCUACACAAUAAAGUGGAUCAAUCCUGUACUCGAUUAUAUAAGAAAAAACUGGAUUGCACUGUUCAUCGCUAUUGUGAUAACGACUUUGGUCUUGGCUCUGCUCGACAAGAUAAUCUCCCCGUACCUCCAUGAGAUCUAUAAACGUCUUCUAUUCUACGACUCUGCCUUGGGUCAUCUAAAAGACGUUUUGGAAAUGGACUAUGACGUGUUGUGGAACCAGCCAGACUUCUGCCUCGCUUACCUGAAGUUCCACGAAGCCUAUCAAACAUUUUUGGCAACUGCACGGUCCAAUCACGCUGGAAAGAUUUCGAAAGUUUCACGAUACAACAAAUACGCUGUUAUACGUAUGCACUGAGAUAGUUUUGUUUGAUGUUUUGCGUUUUGUAGCUGUAUAAAUUCGAUUCGGUAAAGUA